AUGUGGAACUUACCAGAAAAGAUCGAAAUAAGAGAAGACAAGAGGAAAGGAAGAAGUAUUGUGGCUAAGGAGGAAAUACAGAUGGGAGAAAGCAUACUAAAAGAAGAAGCUUAUUGCAGAAUAUUAUUUAGUGAUAAUAUGGAAGAAAUAUGUGAUGCAUGUUUUAAUUAUUUAGGAUUAUCAGAUUCGUGUUCUGAAAACAUUUUUGUGUGUCAGGAAUGUAAAAAAAUUAAGUUUUGUUCAAAAAGGUGUAUGGAGGAGUUCAGAGCAAUUCAUGACUUUGAAUGUAGAAUGCUAAAAUUGGAUACUUUGAGGAUGAUUUCUAAUAAAGUAGGGGUAUCCUUUGACAGAUCUCGUCUUUUAACUAGAUUUGUUAUCAAAUUAAUACUUGAGCUUUCUGAACAAAAUAAAGACCAAAAUGAGCAUAAUAAAGAGUACUUAACAUCAAAUAUAAACCAAAUUAAUUCUUUAAUAGACAAUCAAGAGAAGUUUUUGGAAGAGACUAAGGAAGUUUAUCAAGAGCUAGCACUUGAAAUCCUAAAAAUUCCAAAACUACAGGUUGAAAUCGACAAGUUGGAAUGCAAGGAUAUCAUCACAAGGAAGUUAUUAGUUAAAGUUUUAUGUAUUAUAGAUAGUAAUAGCUUUGGAAUUCCUAAAUUUCCUUUGAAAUUCCAUGAAGAGACCGGCUCAGUGUCAGAAUUAGUAAGCUUACUACAGAAGACUCCAAGUAAUUCUUUGGAAUUGUGUAAUUCUUUAUUAAAUCCAAGUAUUCUAGGGUGGGGACUUUUUUCAUAUUCUAGCCUAUUUAAUCACAGUUGUGAUCCAAACUGUGACUUUAUUGGAGCGAACCCAGCUAUUGGCCAAUCCUCGAUGAUAAUUGAUUUAAAAGCUAAUAGGAAGAUUUUAAAGGAUGAAGAAAUUACUAUUAAUUAUGUUGAGCUAUAUGAUACCAGGAGGAACAGGAUCAAAAGUUUAUUAAAAACCAAGCACUUUAUAUGCCAAUGUGAAAGGUGUAUAGCUUUUUUUCAGAGCAGUAAGGAUUCAUUUCUUCAGGGAUUUGUUUGUUCCAAAUGCUUUAACAUCAGUGAUUUCGACUAUAAAAGCAACAACAUCCCAAUACUCCAAUCAGAAUCUAUUUCCAACUUAAAUAAACCGGAGAAUAUCACAUCUAUUAUUGAUGAUCAAGACUACUUAAUUUCUCAGUUAACUGAAUCAUAUACAUGUAAUUCAUGUGGUGAGAUUUAUUAUGGAUCAGAAGUUACUAGUAUUAACAACGAAUUUCUCGAUACUAUACAGGAAGCUGAGGCCUUAAAUAAUCAGAAAUAUGAUCUUCCGGGAGCAAUCAGGCUAAUCACUAAUUUGAUUCAAAGAUACCAUCUUCCAGAUUCCAAAUCCCUGUUACCCCAUCCAUUAAAUCACUUACUCUAUAGGUGCUAUAAGUUACUCACUUUCUGGAAAGUCAUAGUUAAAGACUGGAAUUCCGUUGAUUAUUUUGUUUCAAAAAUGAUCAAUUCCCAUCUUUCGGUAUUUCAGAACCAAUCUAAUAUUGAAAUAUCCAAUCUAUACUCUACUAAAGCUAUUGCUUUGUCUCAUUUGGGGCGUGUUUCUGAAUCCAAUCUAGAAUGGAAUAAAUGCCUUGAAAUAAGACAAAUUUGCUGUGGAAAUUUAUCUUUUCCGUAUAAUUUCUCCUCAGUAUAUUCUCUUAUUUACCAUUCAGUGACUCCUAAAGAUGAAUAA